AGAAGAGGUGAGAAGCAGAGCUGAAACGAAGAGCAAAGUUGUCACCAUCUUCGAUCUGCCAUCCGUCCGCGAGGUGGGAUGUGUUCACUCUCUCUCUCUCUCUCUCUCUCUCUCUCCACUUAUUUUGCUUAUUUUGCAGGUUUUCUGUUGUUCCAGCGAGUUCGAGCCUUUUAAGGUUCCUCGUGCACGAAACUUUAUAGCAAGAUCUCUCUCUCUCUCUUUCUCUUUCUCGUUCUCUUUCUCUUUCUCUUUCUCUCACUCUCGUUCCCUUUCUUUCUUGAUCUCUUCUCCCUCUUCCUCUGUGCCUUCAUCUCUGAAAAAUCUAAACUUUUUCACUCUCUGUGGGCCUUCUUCUCCUUCAACAGCACUGUUCUUAACAUCUGGACUAUUGGAAAUUUUGGAAUCACUCCUCGUUCUGGGGGAAGCGAGGUAUUGAGAAACAGUCUUUUCAACUUCUUGAUUUCAUUGCUGCCACUGGGAUUGAAAAACUAAGACAGUGAGAAAAUGUUAACUUCAAAACAAACAGUUAAUGAGACUGCAAAAUGGAGCCAAGCAAAUGUAGACACCCUUAUUGUUCUGAUGGUAGAGGAAGUUAAGAAAGGAAAUAGGACUACUUCGACUUUUAAUAAAGCUGGUUGGAACAACAUUGCCAAUAACUUCAAAGAAAAAACUGGGGUCAACUAUGCCAUUGUACAGUUGAAGAACAAAGUGAACAAACUGAGGCAGGAUUAUAGUCAGUUUAAGAAGCUAUUGGAGACAACUGGUUUUGGUUGGGAUACUGCUUCAAGAACUUGUACUGUUGAUGAUGAAUCUAUCUGGGAAUCGCAUACUAAGGAUAACCCUACUUGGGCACGAUUUAAGAAGCACGGACUACCACAAUGGCCAGACCUAUGUAUGGUAUUUGGUGAUACAUAUGCAGACGACGAAGUAAGUGGGACUCAAACAACCGUGUUGGAAAUUAUGGGGGCCGAUGAUGCUAGGAAUAUGAUUGAGUCUUGUGAUGAGUCAAGUUCUGCUGAUAAAGUUACUCCAUUAGGUGACACCCAAACUGAAGCAGUGGAAAAAAGGCCAGCUACUAAGCAUAGGCAUGAUAGGACUCCAAAUGCGAAAAGGAGGAGGAGCAAGUCUAAUGAUUGGUCAAUGGCAUGCAAGGCAAUUCAAGAUAUGAGUAAAUCAAGGGUAGAACGAGAUGCGAGCAUGUCCACUGCUUCAACCCAAAAUGUGGAACAGAUGUACGGGAUUACUAAGGCCACGGAGGUGCUUGAGUCAGGAUAUGAGUUAGAUAAAGCACUAUACGAGAAAGCACUUCGGAAGUUAAUGGCUGACCCGCAAUGGAGAGAAGCAUUAAUUUCUUGCCCUCCUCAUCGGAAGUCAAUACUCCUUCGUACCCUUCAGUAGUUUGCUUCUUGAAAAGUUCUUUUAAUUACAUAGAUUGAUAACGCUACUUGGAUUGUGCCUUGACACUAGUUUUAACUUUGAUGGUUUGCUAUGUUUUCCUUCACUUUUUAAGAUGUUAUGGAUGACUGUGUCUUGAAUUUUUUUUAUAACUGUAGUAUUUAAUGUCCUGAAUAUUUGUUCAUUGUACCUUGACACUACUUUUAACUUUGAUGGUUUGCUAUGUUUUCCUUCAUUUUUUUUAAGGUGUCUUGGAUGAUUGUGUCUUGACUUAUUUUUCUAACUGUAGUAUUUGAUGUCUUGGAUAUUUGUUCAAAAUUAUGGUUUGAUGUGUUUGCAUAUUUCUAAUUUUAUAUUAUAGGAAUGGAUCAAAGAAUGAUCGCAUCUAGGGAACACAUUGAACAAAUGGAAAGGGAUGACACUGAUGCAGAAAUCAUGAUGUGUAUGAUGUUGUUGAUGAAAGCACGUGAUUCAUUAUACACUAGAGAGCCCAUACGAGAAAGUAAAUUGACAGGACCAGAGCGAGUGAGUGAGGCUCUAAACGGACAUGUAGACAGAUGCUAUGAACAGUAUAAAAUGGAACGCCAUGUCUUCCUCAACUUUGAAGCAUUAAUGCGACAACGUGGUUGGUUGGAAGAUAGUCGAUAUUUAAGAGUGGAUGAGCAGUUGGCAAUGUUUAUAUCUAUCGUUGGUCACAAUGAUAGGUAUAGAGACAUAGCAGAACACUUUCAGUGUUCUCUUAACACUAUAGGUGAACACUUUAAGAAAGUGUUACGUGCUUUCAUACUACUGGGACAAGAGAAUAUCAAACCUCCAAACUUCAGUCGUUGCCCUAAACAGAUUCUUGAAAAACUAAAGCUCUAUCCUUUCUUCAAGGACUGCAUUGGCGCGAUUGAUGGCACUCAUGUUAGUGCUUCUGUACCUCUACCAAACAAAUACCGUACAGAGGAAGGAAAGGAGAUACGACCUGGAAUGUUAUGUGUGCAUGUGACCUUGACAUGAAAUUCACUUUUGUGUACGCUGGUUGGGAGGGUUCUGCAAAUGAUUGUCGAGUAUUCAAUGAGGCAUUGAAUAACCCUAAAUUUGAAUUUCCUCAUCCUCCACCUGGUACAUUCUAAAUCUUAACCUCACCAGUUGAUUAUGCUCUAUUUUACAUAUUGUGUUGAUUCAUUACUUUUCACUUUACGUGCUAGGUAAAUAUUAUGUGGUUAAUUCUGGUUAUCCAUCUACUACUGGGUUCUUGACGCCGUUCAAAGGACAAAGAUACCAUCCAAAUGAUUAUAGGAAUAGACGUCCAAGGACAGCAGUAGAGCUAUUUAAUAAUAGACACUCUUCUGUUAGGAAUGUCAUAGAGCGCAGUUUUGGUUCUUUGAAGAAGCGUUUCCUAAUUCUCAGCAAAAUGCCAUGUUUUCUACUGAACACCCAAACAUGCAUCGUCAUUGCUUGUUGUGCACUUCACAACUUCAUUCGGGAGGAAGAAAUUGCAGACAAGAAUUUUGAGGAGUUUGGUGAAAAUUGGUGGAAUCAGGAGCCUAAAGAAAUUCAAGAUUAUGUACCACCGGCUCACAUUAGUAUAAGCUUAGCAGAAAGAAGAAGACAGAUGGAUGAUCUUAGGAAAAAGAUUGCAAAUGAGUUAGCUGUUAAAGCCAGAAUGGCUCAAAUUACAUGAUUACAUUUUGAUGAUUGGAUUUAAACUUUGAAGUAGUGGGACAUGUUUUGCAGUUAAGAAUUAAGUUGGAAGACCUAAUUUAUGCCCUUAAGUUCAUAAUUAGAUACUUUAAGAAUUA